AUGCAGAGUUCAUGGCAAACACCAAGUUCAACAGGUACUAGUAGACCGUUUUCUACAACUAAUCCAUUCAGAACAUCCGUCGCCGUGGAAGCAAAUCCGAAUAGGUAUGAUCACGACCCACAAUUUCAAGAAUGGGCUAGGGAUCAAUUUAAUAGAGAUUCCACUUCAUCAAACCCCAGUUUUGACUCCUCAGGGAUCAAUGUUGCUUCUCCUCCAAGUAAGUCAUCCACUAACCCAUUUUUAGAUGACGAUGAUGAAGAGAGUGAAAGUGAUAGUGGAGAUGAAUACGUUCAACGUCGUAAUGAACAAUUACGUAAUCAUGACUACAAUAGUCAAUCCAACCGUGGUCAUUAUGUCUCUGCCAAGGAGGAGAAAGAUAAAUUGAGACAGAGAUAUAUUGAAGAAAGAAACGUUGAUGAUACGAGGACUCCAUCUGCUUUACGUGAUAUGCCUCCAACUUAUGAUGAGGUGUCUCAUAAUAGAAGAGACACUAGUGGUAAAAGUUAUCCUGAGGAGAAACGGUCAUCUCGUUCACAUUCUGGACCACAUAACUCAAACAUCUCAUCUUCAGGUUCUCGUGGUGGUGAAGGUCAUGUCGGAUCUGAGAGACCUAGAGCACGCCAUGGUCACAGUUCAUAUGAAAGACAACAUGAUCGUCGUGGUAGUGAACAUCGUCAUUCAGGUUCCUCAUCCGCUGCAAAACGUGACAAGAGAAAGAGUAAAUUAAUACCUGCAAAAGGUGUAGAUACUAUUGAUAAACUAGAUGUUACAGGUUUGUUUGGUGGUUCAUUUCAUCAUGAUGGUCCAUUUGAUGCUUGUACUCCGCAUAGAAAUAAAAACUCGAAAGCUGCUCCUGUGAUGGCAUUCCCUGCAGAUGGUCCAAAUAGUACUAUUGGUGGGACCUUUAGGAAAAAAUCUGCUAUUGAUGAAGUGUUUGGUGUCGAUGAUGCAGAUGAUGAUUUAUAUCAAACCAAAGGUGGUAAUUCAUCAAAGGAUGCUAUUAGAACUAAUAUUGACGGUUUGAGGCAAAUGGAUGCAAAAUCAAAGGCUGAAAAAGUUCAUGGACCGACAACUUCAGGUCUGGGCUCGACUACAUUUUUAGAUGGUGCCCCUGCACCAUCAAGAACCAUACAAAGAGGUCAAUCGAUGUCGUAUAGACAAACAAGUUUCAAUAGUAAUGGAAGUGGUAAUAAUGCUAGUAUACGUAGAAACAUGACAAUAAGUAGUCGUCCGACCGCUUCUCCACAAGGAGGUCGCACGCCGAAUGAUUUCAGUAGGAAUAGGAAUAACUCUCCUUCAUUCAAAACUCACAGCAGUUUUGGAGAUGAUGAGGAUGAUGUAUACUUAGGUGGUAAUACCGGUGGAGGUGUUCGUUUUGACUCUGGUACAAAGAAAAGCUCUACAGGAAACAAAUUCUUGAAGAGGGUGAAGAGUUUGAAGGUCGGUGGUAAGAAACAUUAA